UUAUCUCUGUAACCUACUGAGCACUUCUGGCUCUCCUAUGAUGCUGAUGUCACCUCAUGUACUUUGACAACAAAAAGAUUUUGCCUGUAUUAUAGCUUAUCUUAUCUUUCAAAUAACAUCAUCCAGCCCGUUGUGUUUUAUCCUUUCCGAUGGACACAUUGAUUCUCGGAUGUUGACCUGUUUUUCCUGGUUUCGAGUUGUGCUGUUCUCCAGAUGGCCUCCUACUCAUUUUUAUGUGGGUGGAAUGGCCUCUUCCAAUAACAAAGCUGACUAAAAACGUUGGAAAACUCCGUCCCCUGACCCUUUCUGUCUCCCCAUAGGUCAGCUUCCAGCAUUUUCUGUGUUUUACUGUUGCUUCAAGGUCUGAUUAAUGGUUUUCCUCUAUGCUUACUCAGAUAGGCCUUGCAGCAAUCAUGUGCUUUGUACGUGUUUUGAUUUCUUCAUUGCCUUCAUUAGUCAGUACCUUCCAUGAUCAUCAAUAGUUUGGGUGCAAAGUAAUGAUGUUGUUCUUUGAGAUUCCUUUUGAGACUAAAAAGAAAACCAAAUAACUGUUUCUCUUGUUACUUGUUUCUUGUUAUUUAAGUACAUGACUCUGAACUACAGUUCUCCCUGUAGACUCCCACACCCUAUAAUGACUGUGCUGUUUUAAUCUUCUCAGUCAUCUCAAGUGUUCACUUCAGAUCCAUUUGUCUUUAUUUUUAUAUAGCUGCCUACCCAAGACAGUUGUGCGGAACUAUUCAUAGACUUAACAAAGAGUAAAUGGAAAAGUAGUAAUGGUCAGUUGUUACAGCCGUUAAUGUCAUACAUUAAGGGAAAGCUGAUGACGAAGGAGAGAACGCUAAAGCUACAAUGAUAGUUGUAGAAUGGAAGACCUCUGGGGAUCCUUACUAUCUGGCCUCCCAACCUCACAGGGCACAUUAUCCUUAUCUAACUCCGAAGUGUGUGCAAGUGUUGCUAGAACAAAGGGUCUGAAUAAGAAUCGGUCAUCUGCUCUGCUCUGCGUAAGGCAGGCAUCAAUGGCUGGCAGAUCAGCAAGUCAACCUGUGGUGUAUAUCAGCGGUGUAAUUGAGGGAGGUGUAAAGUAUGACAAGGAGGAGCAGAUUAGUACUGAUACUGAGGAUGUAUAUGCAGCCAAGUAAAAGACACUAAACUGAGAGCAAGUUAUAUCAUGAACUAAAACCAGCUACCUGAACAAUAAAAACAAUAUUAAAUCGAUGUUUUUUACUGCAAAAGUCUCCUCCUGAACUACGUUUGAUAGCCAGCAUAUGUAAUAUACCAUUAGAAAUAUAAACUUCUGCAGAGUGUUUAUACUGUGUUAAAAAGCCCCAAGAUACUUUAUGGUUAUUUUAUGUUGUGUAUGGUUAUAUUUUGUGUUGUGGCAAAGAAAUUUAUAACAGUAAAACAAGGUGUCAUUUUUGUUUCUUUUACUUCAGAUAAGUUUUGUUUUGCUUUAUUUAGAACAUAAAAUAAUUCAAAAGCAAAUAAUGACACAUUUCUUAAAUUAUCCAGACUGUAUUUUGUAGUCAAAAAAAUCUACAGAUCUGACUUCUGCCCAAAGUAAAUUCAGCCCCAUGGUUCUGUAUAAACACUCUGUGUAGUCUGCCCCCGCCUCCAUCCCUGAAGGGGCACCCAAGGAGAGUGCCUUCAGUCACUGGUCCUAUCAUGCCAAAGACUAAGUGGGCUGCCCACUUUCGACCAGAGCUCCUGUUAGGUGAGUCCAGCGAUGGGCUUAACUCCUGUCCAGGACUGUGUCCAACCGAGAAUGUGUCAGAUUCUCCAUGUACCCCCUAAUUUACAUCUUAGACUAACCCUAACCCAUCUUACAACUGCUUAUCAUAAUCAGGGUCAUGAGGGGCCUGGAGUCUACUCCAUGCAUUUACAUUUUUUUAUUUAACAGAUGCUUUUUAUCCAAAGUGACUUACAAUAGAGAGAGGCAGUUCAGCUAGUUCCUAUAGUGACGGGUUAAGGGCCUUGCUCAAGGGAUUCCAGGUUAAAUUGUUGCUCUGGCCACGAGAUUCCAGGCAGCAUAGGGUGGCAGUAUAUCGUAGUGUGCAUAGAUAAACGAAGCGCUGAUUAUCCAUCAGUCUUAGAAAUGCACAGCAUAUCAAUGAACGUAUCAGUACAGGCCGAUGUUCAUUAAAAGUCAAGAUAUCGGCAUCGGUCCAAGGUGUCAGUCCUGGCUGAUGCUGGCAGCCGAUAUUUAAGCUUUAGCAAUAUUCAAAGUUAGCAGCACCAGAGCUAAAGAUAUGAUUACUAAAAUAAUGACGAUGAUUGCAACCGGUUAUUGGUCUCAGCCAAAACUUCCACAUUGGUGCACUACUAAUCAGUCUUCGAACAGCUUAUUUAAUAAGUGGUCCCAGCGAGCAUGAAGCCUAACCCAGAGCACAGAGGAUGCCAUCCAGGACAGGAUACUAGCCCAUCUCACACACACACCAAUUUUAGCUGCCAGUCUUUUUUACGUUUUUUUAAGUUCUUUACACUGCAGCAAAAACACUAACAGAACAUGCGGGGAAUAUGCAAAUUCCACCCCCAAAGCAGGACUCAAAACCCAAACCCUGGGGAUACAAGCCAACAAUACUGCCCAAAAAUGCCACCUGACAUUGAUUAUGGUUCAGUUUUUUCCCAUAUAUGGCCCAUUUCAGUGACCUUUCAACAUGUGUCUGCAUGGCCUGAAUAAAUACAUAUAACAUUGAUGUUGCCUUUUCAACUUCAGGAUGAAAAAAAAGCUCAGAGGGUGACCAUGAUCCAUAACGUCUGCAAUGCUACUAAAACAAUAGUCAUACCCAGCACACUCUGUCCCGUUCCGUGUGGGUGCUGUGGUUUCUUGAAAACUUUGCUUUUUUCCCCAGAAAAACAACAUCAGCCACAUUUAUGUCAAGGAGCUUCAAGCUGAAGGGUAGAUGCCACAAGGCGUGUAUUUUUGUUAAUGAAAACUGCUCUGUGUACGUUAGCGAAAAAUAAUGAAAGAGAAGAAGCAAACCAGUGUUUGUGUCUGUGCCAGAUGUGUAAUGUAUAUGUACAUCAUAUAUUCAAACACAAUUAAUCAUCUCUAAUCAAUAUAAACAGAGAAGAAGAGUGAAGUAAAGGGGGCUAGAAGAGUGUGUCACACAACAUAAAUGAGAAACGAGCCGAGACGCUAAGAUUCAGCAUGGACACCAGGGCAGUGAACAAGGAGAUGGCCCUGAUCAGCAAUGUCCUGGCAGCCUACACCUUUAUUGCAGACCACCUGGAGCGUGCGGCCCUCUUCUUCAUGUGCGGGGUGUGCCUGGGCCUGUUCUUCACACUCCUCGCUUUGGUGGUGCAAAUCUCUUGUCGGAAGGAGUGUCGGACCGGUCCGAAACGUCAGCCCAGGUCACACCCACGGGUUGCCAAAGAGGACAGUGAGGGGAGCAACUCCGACUCGGAUUCAGACUCGGCCUCGGACCUGUCAGCGCGGCGCCACCGGCGUUUCGAGCGCACGCUACGCACAAAUGUCUUCGUGUCAGCAGAGGAGCUGGAACGCGCGCAGCGGCUGGAGGAGAGGGAGCGCAUCAUCCGCGAGAUCUGGAUGAACGGGCAGCCUGACGUCCCCGGCACGCUCGGCAUCAGCCACUACUACUGAGUCUUGGAAGACAUCUUGAAAGACUCCUCUGUUCGGUGCCUUUUGAGGGAGCCACCCCGUUUUGCCAUUAACAGCGUGAGCUGCAGUGUGUUCCUUAAGGUCGGGAGUCUGCACAUGUAUUGCAGAAUAAUUUAUAGAGAACCUCUCGACCUUUAACAGACCUCUAAAGAUGCAGAAAACUUAAGCAACUCUGCGGUGGCAAGUGACUGUAUUCUGCGUAGGGACGCAGAGCCGUUUGCUGACUAUGAUGUUAGAUAAGAUGGGACUGAAUGUGCCUCUCUGAAUGCGAAUGAACUUCCCUUGAGGUAUAUUGAUUCAGAAAUGAGAGAUUUAAAACUCUGGACGCAAAUAAGGCUCCUGUACACAGGCCUCUGUGAUAGGCAUCUGUGUACGAAUAACCUUUGAAAGAAAAACGCUACGUGCGAAUCAGACUAUGAACCAAAAACAUUUUCAUCUCAGCCUUCUUGAAAUCUAUAUUAAUAUUUAAUUUUGUUAUAUAAUGCUUUUUUUUAGAACUGCAAUGUUUUGUCUGGCAUCUCAGGGAUAACAUCCUAGUAUUUUCAGUCAUUUGGUUUUUUUUCUUUUUGAGAAAGCAUUUAGGGAAUUUAAAAAAAAAAAAAAAAAAAAGGUGUGCCUUAUCUGUCAAACAAGGUAGAAUACAGAGGACAUAGAAAAUGCAUCCAAAUAUUGAUAUUACAAUAAUGUGAAGAUGUCAAGUAUCAACCCAAAAUAAAAUAUAAAAUAUUCCAUA